AUGGCCGGUCGGACUCUAUCUCUGCGCUAUGGCCAGGUGGGGCCCCCCAUCUCUGGGACCCAGGCGCCUACACCUGGGCCCAGCUGGCAGCUCACCAGCAGCGGUGUCGGCCACCACUUUAUCCCACCCGUGUUCUUCACGCUGCCCACAGGCCAGUCCACGGUCGUGGAGCCCCUGCCCCUGGUCGCCAAGCAGGGCCAGCACAUCUGGGAUUUCGAUGAGGUCAUCAGCAGGUGGGAGACCACCUCCGGCUCGGCUUAUGUGCCCAAGACCCACAGCGGCCCCUACGCGCAGCCCAAGGCCCCAGAGCCUGCGGACCCCACGCGGACUAUGGGGAUCAAGGAUUUGGGGGAAAAGCUCAAACACUGCGCCUGGCGCCUCCCUCGGAUCCGGGUUCCGGAGCACUAUCUCAGCGAGAUGAGGGAGAACUUCCCCAGCUGGCCCAGUCUCAACCCGCACGCCACCUUUGACACCGGGCCCCAGCCCCUGGAGCUGGUGGACCACCACCACGGUGGCCCUUCCCAGGCUCUGGUCCCCUGGAUGAGGAACGCUGAGCUGGCCGGCCAGCCUUUCACGGUAUCUGACCAGGCCCUCCUGGACCAGUGUCAGCCCUACUUGACCACCUCGGCCGGCCAUUUCCGUGCCUAUCCGAAGAAGGAGCUGUCCGGAUACCCCUGUAAGGACACGCUGACUUUCUGGAACAUGGGGCAGACGGCUCUGGCAUGUGGCGACCGCUGCCAGCCGCCCCUCCAGCCAGCGCGGGUCCCUGUGCCCCCGGCGGUGCCGCACCGAGGAGCGCUCUCUCUGGCCCAGGAGUCCUAUGGCCGCCCAUCUCACCCACUCUGCGGGCUCCACCGGUUCUGCCCGCUGGAAGUGCCCUGGGGCAGACCCCACUGGAAGCCCGUGCCGGCCAUCUACUCCACGCCCCACGCCUACCGCACCGAGUACUCGCGCUACGGCAGCUUCAAGCCCGCCCUGGUCUGA